UUCCGUUAGGAGACUGGGCCCGGGGUCUUGUGUCGCUCGCUCCGCACCGGCAGCACACAGCCGGGCUCAGCCCACACCGGGAGCUAACGCGAACGGACGAAGCGUCCUAGAGUGGAGGCUGGGUCCGGCGGGCGGCGGAGGCUGCGGGGCCAGGGCGCGCCCGGCCCGCACGGCCCGGGCGGGAGCAAACCUCAGAGCGGGGCGGGGGGCCGCCUGGGCCAAAGUCCACGUCCGCAGGGGGCUGCGCAAGAAGCUACUUAUACCCACGACCCGCGGCCGCUGGCCUCUAGCCCACAGCCGCCAGCCAAACACAGGACGCCAGGCAGACCUCUACGUUAUGACCCGGCUGCUGGGCUACGUGGACAUCUCGGAUCCCCGCUUUGUGGCUGCCGUCCUCGCCAUCACUUUCAACCCACUCUUCUGGAAUGUGGUUGCGAGAUGGGAACAGAAAACCCGCAAGCUGAGCAGGGCCUUCCGAUCCCCGUACUUGGCCUGCUACUCCCUGGGCUGUGCCAUCCUGCUCCUGAACUUCCUGCGCUCACACUGCUUCACGCAGGCCAUGCUAAGCCAGCCCAAGAUGGAGAGUCUGGAUAACCCCGUGGCCUACUGCGUGGGCCUUGCGCUCCUGGGAGUGGGCACUGUGUUUGUGCUCUCCAGCUUCUUUGCACUGGGCUUCACCGGGACCUUCCUAGGUGAUUACUUCGGGAUCCUUAAGGAGGCAAGAGUGACCACGUUCCCAUUCAACCUUCUGGACAACCCCAUGUACUGGGGCAGCACGGCCAAUUACCUGGGCUGGGCCAUCAUGCACGCCAGCCCCGCCGGCCUGCUGCUGACCGUGGUUGUGGCCCUCAUCUACGUGGUCGCUGUCCUGUAUGAGGAGCCCUUCACCGCCGAGAUCUACAGGCAGAAAGCCUCCCAGUCCCACAAGAGAAGCUGACUGGGCCACGGCCGUCCCGGUGGGGCUCUGCUGCUCCUGGCCUGCCCCAAGUGACAAGCCCUUUGAGGGGGACAACGGUGCCUGGCCACAGCUUGGUGCUCGUGCCCGGUGUGGGCCACUCCAGUGCCUUGCAAAUCGCUGCCUUGGGGGCCCUGGACAUGCUGCCAUGUGGCCACUGAGGCCCCCGCCCCUCUGUCCCCACCACAUCCUGACUCACCAAUAAAGGCCUCCUGACC